AUGGACCGCAGCUCCGAGCACCGUGGGGACCCCGGGGGGGAAGACGGAGAUGUGGCUAACCUGUCCCCCAAGCUGUCCGGGAUCAAGGCCACCUCUGGCCCCCACUCCCCGGCCGAACCGCCGGAGCCGGAGCCGGGGACCGUAGAGGCUUCGGAGGGAGGCGCCGCCGAGGACGAGCCCGCCGAGCCCCGGGAAGGGCCGGCGGCCACGGAGGCUGUGGACCAGGCGGCACCCGGGGAGCCGGAGCCGCCGGCCGAGGCUGAGACUGAGCCGGAACCCGGGGAGCCGGCCGACGCUGGGCCUGAGGAGACAGCCCAGCCGGGGCCCGAAGGCGGGUCCGCGGAACCAGAGGAGAGGGCGGAGGAGGAGAGGGAGGAGGCGCAGGAGGAGGAGGAGGGGGAGGAGUCGGAGGAGUCGGAGGAGGGAGAGGAGGCCGCGGCAGCGGCGGUCAAGGGGAGGAGGAAGAAAGCCCCCUCGGCGGUCUCUGUGCCGCUGUCCACCACCGGCCAGGAGAAAGCUGCGCCAACCCGGGAGGCUGAGCAGGAGGACGGGGAGAAGGAGAAGGAGAGCGAGGAAAUCAAGGAGAGGGGUGUGCAAGGAAGCCCGGUGAAAAGCAAGGAAAAGGAGGAAGGUGAGAGACUGGACGAGGGGGAGGAUGAAUGGACCGAGGAGAUGAAGAAGCUGCAGGAGCACCAGCUGCGCGCUGAGCUCCUGGAACAGUACCAGUCGCUGGUGGUGGAGCGCAGCAACUACCAGCGUUACAACAUCUACCUGCAGCACAAGAUCUCCGAGGCGCUGCGCAAGAAGAAGGGCCUGGAUGCCGCCGAGGUGCCCGACAAGGGCAUGGAGCCUGAGGCCCCAGAGAAAGAGCAAGCAUACCUCCGCCAUCUGGCCUUGCUGGAGGAGCUGAGGAAGCAACAGGCAGACGACCUGGACUGGUAUCACCAGGAGCUGAACCAGCUGAAGAAGCAGUGCAAGGAGGUGCUCUCCAGCGUGGAGAAGGAAUGGACAAGCUUCCAGGCGCUCAAGAAGCAGGUGGUGAUGCAGGCCAUGGGCAGCUGUCAGAUGCGCGGCGGUCGCCAGGCUGCACUGCGAGAGGUGGAGCAGAUCCAGGCGCUGGAGGAUAAGAAGGAGAAGGAGAUGAGUGCCGUGAGGCUUGAGAACGUGCAGUUAAAGCAGAGCUUGGUGCAUUUUGAAACACGGAUGAGGGCCCAGGAGGACCUGACGGAGGGGCUGCUCCUCAUCGAUUUUGAACAGCUGAAGAUUGAGAACCAGACCUUCAAUGAGAAAGUGGAGGAGCGAAACGAGGAACUUUUAAAACUGCACAACAAGGUGACCAACAACGUGCAAAUAAUAACCCACGUGAAAGAGAAGUUACACUUCGUGGACAUAGAAAACGUGUGCAAAAAGACACAGCUUUUGGAAAUUGAGGCUCAGGUGGCCCUGAGGAGGGACAUCCUGACCAGGACGAAGCAGGUCCGGGACAGCCUGCGGGCUGACAACAUCAAGCUGAAUCAGAAGUGCGGGCUUCUGGGCAAGGAGCUACUCCUUCGGGACAUGGAAGAGAAGGCAGACAGGACAGAAGUGCUCAACCAGCGCAUAGAGUACCUGAAGCGCCAUCAUGCUGGGCUUACUAUGUCCUGCAGAGGUGUGAAGCAGAAGAUCAGGGAGGCCAAAGCCUUUCUCCCAUCUUAA